ACCGCAGUCGCACCGGGGCCAAGGAUCCCGGAAGGACCCUCGCAAGAUGCUCUUAGGACUCCUGGGUCUGGAAGAAUGAGCUUGUCCUUCCUCCUCCUCCUUCUCCUCUUCCUCGGCCACCUGAUUGGCAGCUCCCGGGCUGAAGAGAAGCAACUCCUUCCCAAAGCGCAACUAAGACCCACAGCCAGUAAUCGGAAUCGAGGGGGCAGCGGUAGUAGGGGCAGAAACGGCACUUCUUUCUUGGCUUCUUCCUCAUCUGCCUCCUCCGCCUCCUCCUCUUCUUCCCUGGGAAUUAAAGGCAGCGGCUCGGAGCGGAGCAGCUUUCAGUGGAGCCCAUCGGGGCGCCGGACUGGCAGUCUCUACUGCAGAGUUGGUAUCGGUUUCCAUCUGCAGAUCCAUCCGGAUGGCAAAGUCAACGGCUCCCACGAAGCCAAUAUGCUAAGUGUUUUGGAAAUAUUUGCUGUGUCUCAGGGGAUUGUAGGAAUACGAGGAGUUUUCAGCAACAAAUUUUUAGCGAUGUCAAAAAAGGGAAAACUCCAUGCAAGUACCAGGUUUACAGAUGAUUGCAAGUUCAAGGAGCGGUUUCAAGAAAACAGCUAUAAUACCUAUGCCUCAGCCAUCCACAGGACGGAAAAGACUGGAAGAGAAUGGUAUGUGGCACUGAACAAACGAGGUAAAGCCAAAAGAGGCUGCAGUCCAAGGGUCAAACCCCAACAUAUUUCUACCCAUUUCCUUCCAAGAUUCAAGCAGUUAGAGCAGCCAGAACUUUCUUUUACAGUCACUGUUCCAGAAAAAAACAAGCGACCUCCUCACCUGGUCAAACCAAAGGUCCCCCUUCCUGCACCUGGAAAGAAGCCAAAUACAGUCAAAUACAGACUCAAGUUUCGCUUUGGAUAGCAGUCGAUGUUGUGAGGAAACUUUUUUUUUUCUCUUCAGUAGUUGCUAUGGGUAUCUUCAGAGUUCUAGGCCUAGAACUGCAGGCUGAGCUGCACUUUUCUCCAUUAAGGACGUGCAGGGAGGUAACAAUUUGUAUCUCUAGACCCAAGCAAGGCUGCUGUUUGACAGUGAAGAAGAGUGCUAACUGAAGUGAUGUUCUUAGUAGGAACCUAAAGGGAAGAAGAUGGCUUCAAAUCCGUGAAAUGGAAAACCCUUUGUUUGCUUAAUUCUCAAUGGCAUUUGGACCUCUAUCUUCAGGAUUGGACUGUGUAUUUUGAUGAUUUUUACAAAACAACUUGAAAGAACCAUACAUGGAACAUUUUUAUUUUUAUUUUCCAAAGAAUAUUUUGGUGCAGAGAAAAUAUUUUAUUAACUUUUUGUUUUGUUUUUUAAGAAAAAAAAGCAUAUUUUCUUACUUUCAUUAUUACAAUUUAAGGAAUCAUUUCAAUGUAAAAUACAUCAGUUAUCCAUGCACUUAAAACCCUUUUGUAAUUUAUGCAGAUUUCUUCUGCAUUUUCUUUCCUCCCAGACUUUUCAUUAUUUUUGACCAGACCUCAUCAGAUGCUCUAAGUUUAGCUCUGUGUCUUAAAAAUGUUUAUUUCCUUCCCCCAGAGCCCCAGGGUCACCUCGGUUCCUUUUUCUUUAUAAUUUUGCCAUAACGUGGAUUCAUUCCUCUUUGGUGGCUGGGCCAGAAUAGGAGUUGAAGUAAAGAGAAUUGAAUGGGGAAGGAGGCAUUGGGGAGAAAAGGAAAAGGCAUUUGGAAGGGCAAGUACAGAAGGCAUUUUUUAUUCCAAAUAUGUACAGCAUUUGGUCAGGACAACCCUCAUUCUGCUUCCCUUCCCUUUCCCUUUCCCUUUCCCUUUCCCUUUCCCUUUCCCUUUCCCUUUCCCUUC